AUGUCCUUGCUCUUUACGCGCUUUUCCCGUUCUACCUCUCAUAUUUUUAGGACAGACUCCUUUUCUAUUCCUAUUUGGCCGCAAAAAAGAACAAAAUCUAAUACUUCCACUAAUAAAUCAGUCUCUCCAGUACAAGAUCUUUUAAAAAAUCAAAACAAAUGGAGAAAACAAAUUCAAAUCGAACGUCGACAAGAACUGAAAAAAUUGGAAGAAACUGAAAAGAUUCUAUCUUUAUCUUCAGAACAAAAAUUUAUUACUCCUGGAUAUCGACAGCAAAAACGCGAAGCAGGAAUUCAAAAUUAUAAACGUUUUCAAUCAAUGAAACGUCAAGAAGGAUUAAGCCAUUUAUUGAGUUUAUAUCAUGAUUCUUCAAAUUUUGUAACUUUAAAUAACUUGGACGCCAAAAUAGAUGAGGCUUUUACUAAUCCACAUCCCAGAAAUGUUUAUGCACAUGCAUUAGAAGAUAUGCAAAUUGAAUAUCAAGAAGCUAGUGGUGGUGUUAAUGAAAAUGAAAUUUUAAGAAGGUUGGGUCAAAUUAAAGAUAUUUUAGAUGGAACGUCUCAUUCUGGAAUUCAUUUAGGAUUGGAUAUGAUAGAUCCACCUACUGAACCUGUUGAGGAGCAAAAAGAGCAUGAGCAGCCAAAGAAAUCAUCUGUAGAUUAA